CUAAAGGAAAAGGUGUUCCUUAAUAUUUGUCAAAAUUAUUAAUGGUUGUGUAAAAGAACAAUUCUUUCACCUUGAAAUGAUACUGUUCAUGACAUAAAUGAUCAAUUAUUGGAAAAGAUUUCUGCACAGGAAUUCACCUACAGCUCAGUUGUCAGUGUUCCAGUUACAGUUGAUGCUUUAAAUCACCCAACUGAAUUCCUAAAUUUGCUUGAACCACCAGGGAUGUCAGGUCACAUUCUGAAGUUAAAGGUUGGUUCACCAAUUAUGUUGUUGAGAAAUCUUGAUCCUCCAAAAUUAUGUAAUGCUACAAGUUUAGUUGUUAAGUCUUUACUGCCUCAUGUUAUCGGAGCAACAAAUACAACUGGUCAUGCCAAAGGUGAAGAUGUCUUCAUUCCAAGAAUUCCUUUGUCCUUUGCUACCAAGUGAUUACUCCUUUGAAUUUGGAAGUCUCCAGUUCCCAGUUACAAUUUGUUUUGCAAUGUCAAUUAAUAAGGUACAAGGUCAGGGUUUAAAAGUUGCCGAAUUGUUCUUAAAGCAGCCUUGCUUUUCACAUGGUCAAUACUAUGUAGGAUGUUCAAGGGUUGGAUCUCAUCAAAACCUGUUUACAUUGACAGAAGAAGGAACAACAGCCAAAAUGCAACUUGUCCAUCUUCGGGACCAAGAGCUAGCAGAACAAAAAGAGGAAAAUGCUGAACUGCUUCAGAAAGUUCAUUUAACUGAGAAUCAUGUCAAUAUAUUGGAUAUCCAGUGUCUACAAUUAGACCAGAGUUUGAAAGCCGAGCGCAGGCUGCGAGAGGAUGAAGUCAGCAGUCUGAGGACUAGGCUAGAAUCUUUCAUUGCCUCCUCUUCACCCGCGAGUGAAGAAGACAGCAGUGAGUGUAGAAUUAGAGAGACAAGCCUCACCUCUCGCCACCACCCAGCCACAAGUAGCAGUACAUUCUCUCGAAGAGGUUUUGAAUCAAAACCUAGAAGGUCACAUUCUCUAGCACUUUAUUCUGCUCAAGAAUUAAUGAGAUCUCCAAGCUGUCCUGGGCUCGAUGGAAUUCCUGGUAUAGAGAAGUGGCGGACAUUGUCCUCUGAUGACUGGAAACAAAACCAACACUCAGAACAAGAUCGAAAAUAACUGAAAUAUAAAGAUGAAAAAGAAACAAAAAACAACACACAAUGUGCCAGUUUCUUCACGAUAGCUGUAACGGGUAACUGUACAGAGGAAAGUUGUUGUUUUUUGUGGAAUUAUGACUGGUGAAAAAAGAACAAUACUAUAAAGUUUUAAAGGUUGCAAUUAUAAGUUUACAGGUCAUAAAAUGAAGCACCUGGAUACUGAAAGUAUACAGGAACAAUUCUGUAAAAUCAAAUUUGUUAUUUUACGUAUUUAACUGAUUUUUAAUCAGCUUGCUUCUGUAAAUGUAUAUAAUUACUGUAACAGGGUGUAGUUGCUACAUUAACUGCUUGGGUAGGAAAAAAAAACCAGCAACAUACAGAUCUUACUUGUGUAAUUUUUUUAAUUUUUUUUUCCUCUCUAUUUUAAAAAAUAUAUUUUUUUGAAUUUAUUUUACACAGGUGUUGAAGAAAGGUGCAACAUGUAGUUGUGCAAUAAUAUUCAGUAAACCAAUAAAUAUACUUAUGAUAACAG